CCCGUGUCGAGUUGGACGCUGCCGCAACUCCCUCAUGCAGCUCUAUUGCAACGUGAACUGUUGCCCCUACAGCGGCAACUGUGGGAAUGCUUUGGUCGAGUCGACCAAGGUUGCCGUGGCGAGGAACUUGGUGACCAGACAAUUGGCCGUGGUGGCGCAGGAGUUCAUCGCUGCUGGAAUGAUUUUGGGCGAAUACCUGGGAGAGAUUGAGCAUGUGGGCGCCUCUCACGCUGCUCGUCCGCGGAAUGAAGGCUAUCGGCUGGUCAUGACGCAGAGGCCCGAGACACCAAGCCUCCCCGUCCGAGUAGCCGUCAACGCGCAGCAGAUGGGUGGACUAAUUCGCUUCGUCAACCACUCGUGCGCGCCUGUGGCGCGCUUCUUGGAAGUUGCGAAUGGGCGGUAGACCACAGUGGUUGUAGCCACCGCGCAUGCUAUCGACGAGGGAGACGAAAUUACCGUGGACUACGGACCAGAUUUGUGGUUCGUGUGCCGCUGUGGCCACGCGAAUUGCCGCCACCGCGACAUCCAACACGAGCAAGACCCGUAGGCGGCGC